CAAAUUUUAUUGGCAAAUUGGUAAGUUUUGAUUUAAAAACAUUUCGUUCUCUUCCUUUGCUCUUCUCUUGCGAAAUUUUUGUGAUAUUUAUAAAUAUUAAAUAUUUAUCCGUUUUAGAGUAUGCGUAUCGUAACCUUGAAAUCGGUCCGCCAUUGUUACUAGCAGACCUUCUCAAUUGGAGUAUAUAGGGAAGAAUAUACGCAUGGUGACAUCACAGUGGAUGUCAAUUUUUACCUUUUGCAUAAUUCGAAUUGCGAAAUAUUUGUUACGCUUGGUGAAUUGCGAAAAAUUUUAAAGCAAUGAGUCUACAAUUUGUAAAUAACAGACAAGCAACCUCUAAAUGGGUCGAGUGGAUCCCUACGGAGUGCAUAAUAUCCGUUUCCAUGUAAAAAAUUCUCAUUUUUUUAAAAUAGGGCGAAGAUAUUUAGCCCUAACUAAUAAUUAAUAUAUGAAUUUCUCGAGUGAUGUAUUUCCUUCUUCGAUAAGUUAUCAGAAGAGGAAAAGUUAGCGAGGAAAUGAUCUUUCUCACCUUAAUGCACUCAUCAGUUCCGCCUGUUUGUCUGGGUUGUUGGCAAUUGGGUCAUAAUGUACCUUUUUUAAGGAACAAUUUCAAAACAUUUCAAAAAUUAUUUUCUUUUACUCAGGUGUUGAUGUCAUGGAUAGAGAUUACGUGAGCAAUAGUAGUAGAAGUCCUACAGGAAGCGAAAGUAGCAGUAGAUCCCUCUUCGAAAACAAUUCUCGUCGUAACGUAGUAUCGACGAAUUUUCAAAAUCCAAAACAAGAAGAAUGGACAACGUCCAGGAAAGUUACAAACCAUACUACUAGACAGGUUGAGACGAGAGUAAAGAGACAAAUUAUUUUGGAGGAUGGAAAAGUAAUAUCAGAUUCUGGACCUCAAGUCACCACAAAAACCACCGAAGAUACCAAAAUUGAAGAUAAUGAAAUAAAAGAGUGUAAAACGGGAGAUAUUGUAACUGAGAAAACGGAUACACGUUUAAUAACUCAUCAAGUUAAAGAAGAAAAUUUAGAACUCGAAGACGAACCCUGGUUGCAAUUAACAGCCGAUGCUUAUCACAAUAUGUCGAUUAGCAAUUCGGAUGUUCUUCAUGGAAAACUUACUAAUUACAGUAGUAAAAGUCGUAAAGUCAUCGAUCGUGACGUAGAACGUGCCGUAACAGAGUUAAUUAAUGGAGAACUUAGCACAGAAACGACGACCACGCAUCACCACGAGGAAAUAGAAGACGACGAGGUGCCCGAGGAUGAAAGUAACAGAUUAACUAUUCCAGAAGUAUCAAUUAAUAGUAACAGAACGUUCGAAUGGAGCAAUAACGAUAAUCCUCCCGAUCUGAUAGAAACCACAAAGACGAAAGCGGGCGGAAAUAUAAUCAAUAUCCAAAUGACAUCAAACCGUAAGCCAUCCCCUAAAACAUCUAGCCAAGUGAUUCAUAUUAGAGGAGAAGAAGGAUGUAAUAAAGCGUACGAUAAAAAAAUUCAAGUUAAUUUAUUACAGGAAACACACACCAAAGAUAGUCAGACGCAAACACCUACGAAAAUUAAGAAAGAUUUUAAUCUUCCCCGAAUAAAAACUACUCUUAAUGGUUAUAAGAACAUAACCAAACAUAACGGCUAUAAGAACUCUUCGGAAUUGAAUAUGAAAUAUAGGCCUAAUAUACCUCAGCAUACUCCAUCUAGACCCAUUCAUCCUCAUCGUACUAAUAUUUAUAACAGUUCGUCAUCGGCCACUCCACCAGAUUCUCCACUCGCUAUUGGUUAUCGAGACUGUGUUACGGAUUACCGAAAAUGGCCUACCGAAAACAGGAAGUGGAUAGCCAGUGACGGAACUGUAAUUGUUGAAGUUAAACAACCUUAUAAGAAAUAUUUUUGACGCCAGUAAGUAAAUAAUUAGAGUCAAGAUAUUCGAACACAAGACCUGUAAAUAUGAAUUACUGCUAAGUUAAAAUUGAUGAGUUGUAUGAAUGUAUGAAUUUUUUUAGUUUAUAAAUAAAUAAGUACGUCAUGAA